AGCGACGGAUACGACCCACACCGAAGUCCAUAGCACCCGCCACCUGACAGACAGCGCCGCAUUGGCACGGAGUGCCAACGGAGAAAUUCAGCAACAUGCAACUUCCCGCGCAUUGCGAGGUCCGCAGCAUUCUAUAGAGAGCAGGGACGAAAAUGAACCGUCGGUGAUGUCCACGGCGAACACCUCGCUUUUGCUAGAGGACAAGCACAUCCGAUCUCGGUCAAGAGGAAGCAGAGCAGGGUUAGCAGAAGCGUAUGGCCCGGAGCCAACUGGCACGGUGGCAAGUGCAGUGAUGUCUCGAGUCCUUGAAGCACUAGCGGGGUUUGGCGCCAGUUUGUCAACGACGUCCGGAAGGAAGAGCGUGAAAUGCUUGGCGCUCAUUCUGACCUGGUACGUGCUCAGUACCGGUCUAUCACUUUACAAUAAGCAGCUUGUCGGCAAGGAGCAUGGCCUUUUCGGUCGUGGGGCAUUUCCAGCCCCGCUGUUCAUGUCCAGCGUGCAGUUCGCUUGCCAGACGCUGCUGGCGAAGCUAACGUUCGGGGCGGGGCUGGCUUCCCGCACUAUGACGCGGAGGUUGCCCUGGUCGGAAUACUUCCGCAUGGUGGUUCCCAACGGCAUCACCACCGGCUUGGACAUCGGCUUUUCCAACAAGAGCCUGGUGUUUAUUAAUCUGUCCUUCUACACCAUGUGCAAAUCCACCGUGCCGGUCUUCCUGCUGUUCUUCGCCUUCGUUUGGGGCAUUGAGAAGCCCAACUGGGAGCUGAUGGCUGUGGUGCUGGUGAUCGUGUCGGGUCUGGCGCUGCUGGUGCGCGGCGAGACCAAGUUCGACAUGCUGGGCUUUGGCCUGGUCAUGACCGCCAGCUGCCUGUCGGGACUGAGGUUCACGCUCACGCAGGUGCUGCUGCACGGGCACCAGUCCUCGGCCGCGCUGGGCGGGCCUCUGGAGGUGCUGGAGCUGCUGACGCCCGUCAUGAGCGUCACCGUGAUGAUAUUCAGCCUGGCGUGGGAGGAGCUGUGGCUGGUGCUGCCCGGCUCGCCCUACUUCGAGACGGCGGAGCGCACACUGCUGACGUCACUGGUGAUCGCGGCGGGCGCGUUGAUCGCCUUCCUCAUGGUGUGGGCCGAGUACCAGGUGAUCAAGGAGACGUCGGCGCUGACUUUCAUGAUCGCCGGCACCGUCAAGGAGGUGGUCACAGUGCUGGCCGCCGUCGUGAUCAUGGGCGACGAGCUGACACUGGUCAACAGCCUGGGCCUGGUCAUCGUCAUCGUGGGGGUGCUGCUGUUCAACUGGUACAAGUACAGGCGGCUGCAGCAGCCGGAGGAGGCGACGUAUACGGUGCUGGAGAGCACGGGCAAGGAGGACGGCGGCGCCAUCGCUAUGGACCCGGCGGCGGUGGCGGCGCGCAACGGCAGCAGCAAGUACCGCCGCGGCGGCGUGCCCACGGCCACCCUCAGCGGCGCCGGCGCGGCGACGCUUGACCUGGGCGUGCCAGUGUCGGCGGCGGCAGUGGCGGCAGGAGGGGGCGCCGGCAUCUCUUUGCCGGUGUCGGGCAGCGGCUUGGGCGCAGGCGGCGGCUUGCAAAUGACGAGCAGCGCUCCCGCGGCCGGGUUACACAACGGCGCGGGCGGCGCAACGGGGCCGGCCGGGCUGUUCGGGAGAGCGUUAGUGAGCAUGGGCAUCGGCGGCGGUGGCGGGGCCGGCGGCGGCGGGGCCACCAAGGUGGAGAUGACGCCGCUGCUGGCGUCAACAAACGGCGGCAACGGCGGAGAGCCGGAAGGUAGCGGGCACGGCGUGGGGCCGAGCGGCGGCCCUGGGGACCCGGUGAUUGUGGGGCUGGGCAGCUCGGGUGCGGCGCCGGCAGCGGCGGUGGCGCUUUCGGGCGGCGGCAUGUCGGGGUUGCACCGGGGGCCGGCGCGCCUCACGCCGGGGUUGGCGCCGGGCGAGGGCACGUAGCAUGCAGGGCCGUCGGCUCAGCCGGUGCAGUUGUGGUGGCUGUUGGCUGUGCUGCGUGCAGUGGAGGAGCGUAGAAGUGGCCGCGUCACUUGGGGACUGCAAUGCCAGGGCGUCGACGAGUGCUCGUAUGAUAGUUGUGUGCUGGCCGCGUGCGCAGCGAUUCUGGCUGUGGCACCUGGUGUCAGGUAUAAUGGUUGGGCCACACCACGUUUGCGGGCGGUGUUUCGUGUGUGAUCAAGGCUUUGUAUGUGGAAGUUGGAGGUGAAAGGAACGGAACAGAACAGGUUAUUCUUCUGUUCCGGCAGCGCACAGGGUAUGACUACAGCGGCACAGGGGCACACAGGAACACCUAACGGAUUCAUUUCGUAGCCAUAGACACUAACUACGAGCGAACCUUGUGUACUUAUGUUAUACAUAGUCAGUAGCAGAGGGCCGAGGCUAAGCGCACGCGAGGUGCUUUAGUAUGUGCUAGUGUGCUACGCAUGGUGCUCAGACACAAGGCCAACGUUGCUGAAGUGUCAGACGGUUUUACUGCGUUUGAAGUCUGUCCAAGCAACGAAGGGAAAGUGCCCAGGCACACACACCGGAGGUGAAACUUUCUGCAAACGCUGAACUGAUGCGGCACUGAGCAGGCCACAACACAUCCAUGCUGUCCCAAUGUCAAGGCAGCACGACUGCCGCUCUGCACCCCAAUGACAGCUUC